AUAAUUUCGUCAACUUCAGCAAUACGAAAAGUGCUUAAUUAUUUGCAUUAUUUUAACAACACACCAACGACGCAGAGCUUUUGGAAAAGCUGCAAUAAUCAAAGCUAAAAGCCGUGCAUACGUGCAUAUUAAAAAAAGAAAAAAGAGAGAGUCAAUAACAACGAAACCGCAAACGCUUAAGCAAACAAUUUCACAACUCGUUAUACACCCUCGGAAAAAAGGCGGCGCUGUCGACGUCAGACACAGUCAGUCUCAAGGCCAAGGAAGUAGCAACGAUAUUCAAUUGCAAUUAAACAUGAAAUUUGUGUCAACACAAAGCGACGACCAGCAUUUUUAUAAUCAGGAGCAGCAACAUCAGCAGUGCAUAAAUAAAAAACGCGCGUUCAAAUCAACAACGUUCAGUUCGGUAUCAGUUCUCAACAUUUCCAAACGCGUGUUGUGCAACAAAAGGCAACAGCAGGCACAGCAACAAAGACAAUAUUGGAAGCAUAAAAGCUUUUGCAUAGCUGCGUCUUGAUUAAUCGUCUUGCACUUUAAAUAAAGCACAUAAAGAUUAAGAACUAUCCAAUAACACCAAAAAUUCUAACCUAAAUUCCUGAACGCCCAACGCAUAGAAAAUCAAUAAAAGCAGAGAACACGUGCAAGUGCCGCCAAUAGUUGCCGCCAAGCGCGUGUGUAGAAUUUUUUGUGUAGACUCACGCUCUCACGCUCGCGCGCAAAAGGACACUGCCCAACAAGGCUUGACUUUGUGUGUGUGUGUGUUUAGUCAAGAUCAGCCAAAGUAAAACCAAACACAAAAUUCGUCAACGCAACAGCAACAACAACAACAAUAACAAUAUGCCGCGUCGUAAUAAAAAAGCAGGAGGCAAAGCAGGCCGCACCAACGACUCCAAUUCGGAGGACGAGUCCUUUGACAAUGUAAGUGUUUAUUCGCACGUCUCGGAGAUCGCCUCUUCGGAGGCAGCCGAGGAUCUGGCCAACGAGCGCUUCGAGGAGAAAUUCGAAAAGGCUCUGGAACAGGCCACCGAGAAGUCGGCCCAGACACGCGUCCAGGCAUUGCAGGCUAUCUGUGAGCUGCUGAUGCAUCGUUAUAUGCCCGAUUUCGUUGAGGAUCGCAAAAUGACGCUCAUGGACUUUGUGGAGAAGAGCGUGCGCCGCGGCAAGGGCCAGGAGCAGAUGUGGGGUGCACGCCUGGCGCCACUGCUGGUGCUGCAGCUGGGCGGCGAGGAGGGCAUGUCCAAGGCCAUGAACCAGUUCUUGCUGACCACCGUGCAGGAUAAAUCCGUCAAUUAUGAUGCACGCGCCAAAUGCUGCACAGCCCUGGGCCUGCUCAACUUCCUGGACUGCGAGGAUAUUGGCGAACUGGUGCAGCUGAUGCAGUUCUUCGAGACCAUCUUCGCCGGCAGCUAUUUGCGCGGCGACGACAAGACGCCCAUUUCCGUCACUGCCGAGGCCGGAACCUUGCAUGCCGAGGCUCUGUCCGCAUGGGGCUUGCUGCUGACGCUCGUCCCCUCGGGCGACUUUGUCUCAUUGAUGACCACCGGACAGCACAAAUUUCCGUCUAUCAAAAAGUUUUUGGGUCUAUUGCAAUCACCGCAUUUGGAUGUACGCAUGGCCGCUGGCGAGACAAUUGCCCUAAUUCUGGAAUCGGGCCGUGCACACGAUGAGAACUUCCUGGAGGAGCACAUCGGUGAGCUGUGCGAUGCCGUCAAGCAGCUGGCCACCGAUUCGCACAAAUAUCGCGCUAAACGCGAUCGCAAGGCGCAGCGCGCCACGUUCCGCGAUGUUUUGCGCUAUCUGGAGGAGGAUAUAUCGCCUGAGAUCAAUAUACGUUUCGGACACGAUGCGCUCACAUUGGAUUCCUGGUCCAUACACCAUCAGUACUCGGCCCUGUGCACUGUUAUGGGUCCCGGCAUGACCUCACAGCUGCAGGAGAAUGAAUUCAUACGCGAUAUUUUUCAGCUGGGACCGCGACCCACCAACACUGGCAUCAAUGGCAAUGCCAAGGUCAAACAGUCAAAGUUGGAGCGCCAUCUGGUGAAUGCUGCCGCUUUCAAGGCACGUUCCAUAACGCGUGGCAAGAACCGCGACAAGCGCUCGGCCGUCGUACAAUAAGCUCCCCUGCUGCCGCCUCCAGUUAACAACAACCUGGCUGGCAAUAUCCUAGCAUACAUAUAUAUCAAUAUGAGCACUCAUCCAUUCGCCGAAUCCCAGGACUGGCGCCCAUUAGUUGAAUUGUUUUACGUAGUCCAUGAAACGGCGUAGCGUACCAAAAGCUGCAUCAGUCGCUCUAAAUUAAGGCACUUUCGGCCAAGUUAUAUUUCUCGACUAAAUUCAAAUAGUUUUCUAGCAACUAAAAAUAAAAGAUAUUUAGCUUGUAGCUUUCAGUCGAUUUAGCAUAUAUAUAUAUAUAUCGCAUCUUAUAUUAUUAGCUAGUAAUGUGAUCUAUGAAAUUGAAUUUUGGCAUUAAAUUGUGUGCCAGCUUGAA